AUGUGCGACAUCGAAUCUUACAUUGGAGACACGGCGAAACAGAACAGUUCUGGGUCAACAUUCCCGAAGCGAAGAGCAGCACAAUAUGAUAGUUCAAAACGGCGAUCGAAGACUGAAUCGCCUGCUCCCUUAGAUGUUCGCCCGGAUGAAGCUGGAAAAGUACAUCUGUCUAGUCAGAAACCCGUUUCAGACGAAAUCUCCUCGUUGGAGCGUCGUAUUGUAACGAUUCGUCACAGUCAUGGAGAUCGGGGAGUUUGGGACAUCUUUAAGCAGCUCCCGAAUGACGGCAAUGUGCAUCUUGUGGCCAAACCUCGAGCUGAAUUUCUGCGCGAUAGCAUCUUGAAGGCAGCACUGACAGAUGCUGACCGGAUGGAGGAGGUUUUCACAUUUGCCCAGGAGCUCCAAAGAAUACACCAUUUUGAAUGGCCCGAUUUAUACCUGAAAGUCGUUCAUUUCUAUAUGGCCCAAACUGACUGCGAAACUGCAUUUCGUUGGCAUUUGAAACUCAUGCCAACUUUCCGUCCAGAUUUGAAUAGCUUUGGUGCCUUCCUGGCAAGUUUCGCUAUCGACUUCUCCCCUGUUAACCAGAGCACAUUGACCAGAAUUUACGUCUUUAACCCUUAUCGCAGGCUGUAUGACUAUGUCGUGCCAGCCCUCUUUGAUUCUGGGCAGUCACAUGCAGCACGCGUUUGGAGAAAACGUUUCAUUUUGUUCAACGACCAUGCCGCGUCACAAAAGUCUAUGCCUUUUCUUGACUUCUUGUCCCGGUACUUUUCCAAAGUGCAGCUCACUAAAGAAGAGUCAGCAAUACUCAAUCGAGAUGCUAGUAUUGAUGACGAUACUGCUGCAUCGGAUACAACAGACAAUGACACCCACUUCAGCCAGCACAAGGGUAUGUUCAGCGAUAAGUUCACAGCCCGGUGGUUCGCCAGCUCUUGGACUUCGUCUGAGUUUGCAAUCAACCUCAUGCACAAACUUGGCCUUCGGGCAAUUGGACCACAAUCAUUGCAGUCAGUUGCUUUAAGAGAAUACGAUGCCCAAGGGGUCAAUGAUCGCUUGACACAAUUUCGAGAACUGGGAAUCGAUAUAUCCUCAACAGUUUAUUGCAGGGCCAUUGUAUCAUUCGCUGAAAAAAGAGAGGAUGAGCUGCUCAGAGACCUAUUGCACUGCGAUAUACACCCAGACGAAUUUGAAAAUUCCGAGACCAGGGUGAUGCUACUCGCUGCUUCUGCCAAAGAACAGGAUUGGAGACGGGAACGGUUACUCCAACAGGUCGAGGCUUUGAUUGCUAAACCAACACCAAGAAAAGAAAAGAGCCUGUCCGAGGAGCUCAACAAGAAUCUUCGGGCUGCCCUAUCAACACAAGGACUGGCGAAAGUGAGGAGCGUUUUCGACAAGAUGGACAACCUGAAUGUCAGUAUAGAACAGAAGAACUCGGAAGUAUUUCUCAGUCGCGUGUUUGACGGUGUUUGGUAUCACCCCAAAACCAGCAAACAGAAACUCCAUGGCUAUCAACAAGAUCCAAAACUUGACAGAGCUAUCCAUUUAUCUUUGCGAGUAGCACGGCAUGGGGUUGCUAUUCCCAUUAAAUACUGGCAAAUAUUGCUCUAUAACCUUGGACGUUUGGGACGUUUCAAUGAGCUUGAGGAGCUCAGUCAUGAGAUAUGUGAGCUAUACAGCCCAGAGCUUGGAGGGCUGAUUCCAGUGCACCGGUGUGACGUGCCGCCCAAGCCCGAUUCGAAACCCAAAAUGUCAAACAGCGGCACAGAAGGAUGGGUCGAGUAUCACUCAUUCCCGGACGGCAAGAAAAAGAUAAGCCACUUCAGAGAAGAGUUUUGGAGAGCUGAAAUAGGCAUGACCGAAGAGGAACCGAAUGCAAUUACGGCCAAAUCAGGACCCUCCGCCGACGACCUCUCGAGAAAAAGCAACGAUCCUGAGUAUACCUUUUGCAUACCAGCCGACUUGCCCUUCACCAAUAGGCAACAUCCCAUACAUAAGAUUUUUGAUGUUAACCUACAACGUGCCAUCAUUCGAUGGGGCUUCGACAAGACCGUGAAACAAGAGCCGGUCCAGCUUUCCCUUGCAAGGGUCAAGCCCGAAGGAGUCACAGACUACGACCUAGCAUGCGGCGUCCGUCUUUUGGCCCUGUUGAGGGAAAAGGGCGUCUACAUCGAUCAACAAGUUGUGCGAAGUGCGGUUAUUAUGCGGCUUGCGGUGGCACAUAUACCAGGGAGGGCGAGAGCAAGGGCAAGAGACGACAGGGAGCUGUCGCCCGCGAAUAUCAAGCGGUUGGUGGAAGAAGCCUGGGGCUCUGCAAUCCUCCCUGGCGAGAAACAUUUGACCAUGGAGUUGGAGAACAUGAAGCCAAAGCUGUGGAAGAGCUUUCCCAGGCUUUUUGAAAAGAGUUAUGAUAAAAACGAAACCAGGUGA